GAACGGGUACAAGUGGUUAAUUGUGAAGCGGUUGUAGACUUUGUAGUUAGAGAAUCAUCUCUAGACAAAUGCUUUGAAUUGGUCUUUGUGUCAUCCAUUAAACAAAAUAUACUAAACAAAUAAAUACUAUAGAAGCUUAUCUUGAUGGGUUCUCAGAUUCUCAAAAUCUCACCUUUUGCUUCUUCUUCAAUUUUCAACGCCAGCCCAUUCUUGAGAUUCCAAGCCAAAACGGUAGUCACCAUUUCUAAGACCCAAUUCAGGUCAAAUCCCCUCAUUUCCUCAUCUGGGUUUGUUCCUUCAAGUGAUAAUAAGAGAGGUUUGAGAGGUGGGGUUGUUGCUAUGGCUUCUGCAACAGGAGGGUCCGUUCAGAAAUCAGAGGAGGAGUGGCGUGCUAUUCUCUCCCCUGAGCAGUUCCGUAUUCUCAGACAGAAAGGCACUGAGUAUCCAGGUACUGGGGAGUAUGACAAGUUUUAUGGUGAAGGAAUCUACCAAUGUGCAGGAUGCGGCACUCCUCUCUACAAGUCCACAACAAAAUUCAACUCAGGCUGUGGUUGGCCAGCUUUCUUUGAGGGUCUUCCGGGAGCUAUUAAUCGCACUGCUGACCCCGAUGGCAGGAGGAUCGAGAUUACUUGUGCAGCUUGUGGUGGCCACCUUGGUCAUGUUUUCAAGGGUGAGGGGUUCCCUACUCCAACAGAUGAGCGCCAUUGUGUCAAUAGUAUUUCCCUCAAGUUUUCACCAGCAAAUUCCUAAUCCAUCGCACCGAGGAUGUUAUGGUUAUCACAGCUUUAUUUCUCUCACGCAUAGUUAGGUUAUAUAGAUGCUACAUUAACUACUGAUGACAGUGUUGUGUUUUCCAAAUAAAAGUUACUUUUAGUCUUGCACUCUCUGGGAAUUGAUACUUAACCUUUUGUAAAUUAGCUUCAAAAACUGGGGGAGUUUGAUAUAAAUAUUUCAUGAGUUUGAUAUAA